AUGGACGCCGCAUACGACCACAUCCAAGAGGAGAGCUAUCCCGAGGAGCCAGCCCCGCAACGUCAGGAUAAGGACAGCUCCAAGCGGCAGAGCAGCGACUUUACCGCCGAGGUCCAGGAUGCAUACAAGGCGAUAUCGAGCAGUCCUUGGGCUGCAAGGCUCGGUGGAUUUUUAGGCUCGGUGAAGAAGCAGGGCGAGCAAUACUACGACGGCGCCCGCAAAGAAUAUACAGCCGUCUCCGCAACCGCCACUGCAGGGCUCUCGGGUAUCAUAAACCGCACGCGCUCUCUCUCCAUCCAAACUCCUCAAUCCUCCUCAACCGAAACCGCCAAAGACAAAGAUGUCGUCGAUAAACCCUCGCCCCCUUCACACCCCGACCGCCCAGAAUCCCUCCCCGCGGACAUCGUCAAAGAAGCCGAAGGCAUGCUCUCCCGCUUCCGAGUAGAAGCCACAAAGCGCCUCAAAGACAUCGAACGCGCCGAAGACGCCGCCGACGAAGCGCUCCUGAAAUUUGGCACCAACAUCCGUAAUUUCCUGCGCGACGCCGUGACAAUCGCACCGCCUACCUCGCCCACAUCCUCCUCGGACCCGUCGAAGGUGCUCUUUGAGUCCAAGGACUCCGAAGGCAAGCGCGUGAUCCACACCACCCGGUUCGAUGCCCAGCUCCACGUCAUACACUGCUCGCCAGACUCAUUCCUCAAGGAUCCCGUGAGUCCUGAGUGGGAGGGGUGGAGCAAGAAGUUUGACAUCGAUGCCAAGACGGUGGCAAUCACGAAGGACUUGGAGAAACAUGAGGAGCUAAGGCGGGCGAUGGAAAAGCUGGUGCCGGAGAAAGUCGAGUACGAGAGCUUUUGGAAAAGGUAUUAUUUCCUGAGACACGUUAUUGAGAGCGAAGAGCAGAGGAGGAGGGAAAUGUUGAAAGCAUCCGCGCCCAUAGAAGAAGAAGAAGUAGGUUGGGACGAGGACUCCGACGAAGAGGAAGAAGGCUCCGAGGAAGAAGAAGAAGAAGAGUCGUCUGAAGAGGAAGAAGAAUCUUCCUCAGAUGAAGACGAAUCCUCCACCUCCACCCCAAACCCCAGCCACAAUAAACCUAACCUCGGAAAGAGCAAACCCAAUCCCCUAGCCGCCUCAAAGGAAACCCUCAAGCCGCAGACCGCGAAACCACAACCCACAACGUCCCCCCGCCGCUCUAAUGACGAGAAAUCUGUCGCAGAUAGUGAUGCGAGUUAUGACCUAGUCAGCGGAGCCACAAGCCGUGCGCCUGGGAGUCCGAGGGACACAAAGAAAGAUGCAGUGGCUGAGGAAAGCGACGAAGAGGAUUGGGAGUAG